CUGCAACAGUUUAUCAGCGGGCUGAAGAGUCGAAAUGAAGACACCAGGGCAAAAUCUGCCAAAGAUCUGCAGCAUUAUGUGACCACAGAACUCAGAGAGUUAAGCCAAGAUGAAGCCACCACCUUCUACGAUGAGUUAAAUCACCACAUAUUUGAGCUGGUAUCCAGCUCUGAUGUGAAUGAAAAGAAAGGAGGCAUUCUUGCUAUAGUGAGUCUGAUCGGGGUUGAGGGUGGCAAUGCGACGCGGAUCAGCCGGUUCGCCAACUACCUUCGCAACCUGCUACCUUCCAGCGACCCUGUGGUUAUGGAGAUGGCCUCAAAAGCCAUGGGCCACCUCUCUAUGGCCGGAGACACCUUUACUGCUGAAUAUGUGGAGUUUGAGGUUAAGAGGGCCCUGGAGUGGCUGGGAGCAGACAGAAAUGAAGGCAGACGCCAUGCAUCAGUCUUGGUGUUGAGGGAACUGGCUGUGAGUGCGCCCACCUUCUUCUUUCAGCAAGUGCAGCCCUUUUUUGACAACAUCUUUUAUGCCGUAUGGGACCCAAAGCAGGCCAUCCGAGAAGGCGCGGUGUCCGCUCUGCGGGCCUGUCUGAUCCUCACCACUCAGAGGGAGACGAAGGAAAUGCAGAAACCACAGUGGUACAAACAAACCUUUGAGGAGGCAGAAAAAGGCUUCGAUGAGACCCUAGCCAAAGAGAAAGGAAUGAAUCGCGACGACAGGGUCCACGGUGCUCUUCUGAUUCUAAACGAGCUGGUUCGCAUCAGCAGCAUGGAGGGAGAGCGUAUGCGGGAGGAGAUGGAGGAGAUCACUCAGCAGCAGCUGGUCCAUGACAAGUACUGCAAGGAGCUGAUGGGAUUUGGGACCAAGCCCCGCCACAUUACACCCUUCACUAGCUUCCAGUCGGUGCAGCCCCAGCAGUCGAACGCCCUUCUGGGCUUGUUGGGCUACAGCACGCCUCAAGGUUUCCUCAGCUUUGGGGCCACACCGGUUCCUGCCAAGAGCUCCCUGGUGGAGAGUCGAUACUGCCGAGAACUGAUGGAGGAGAGAUUUGACCAGGUGUGUCGAUGGGUGCUGAAAUACAGGACUAGCAAAAAUCCCCUGAUCCAGAUGACCAUCCUCAACCUGCUGCCACGCUUAGCUGCCUUCCAACCACACAACUUCACAGACCAGUACUUGUCAGACACCAUGGGAUACCUGCUUGGCUGUCUGAAAAAGGAAAAGGAGAGGACGGCAGCCUUUCAGGCUUUGGGGCUGCUGGUAGUCGCCGUAAGGACAGAAAUCCAGCCCUACCUCUCAAAGAUCCUUGAGAUUAUCAAAGCCGCUCUGCCACCGAAGGACUUUGCACACAAGAGGCAGAAAACGAUGCAGGUGGAUGCCACCGUGUUCACUUGCAUCAGCAUGCUCUCGAGAGCCAUGGGUCCCAGCAUCCAGCCAGACAUCAAGGAGCUGCUGGAGCCAAUGCUGGCAGUGGGCCUCAGCCCCGCGCUCACGGCAGUGCUGUACGACCUGAGUCGCCAAAUCCCCCAGCUGAAGAAGGACAUCCAGGACGGCCUGCUGAAGAUGCUCUCCUUGGUGUUGAUGCACAAGCCGCUGAGACACCCCGGCAUGCCCAAAGGCCUGGCUCACCAGCUGGCUUCGCCCAGCCUGACAAACAUUCCAGAAGCCAGCGACGUGGGCAGCAUCACCCUGGCCCUGCGCACACUGGGAAGCUUUGAAUUUGAAGGACACUCGCUAACCCAGUUUGUGCGCCACUGCGCCGAUCACUUCCUGAACAGCGAGCAUAAGGAAAUCCGAAUGGAAGCAGCUCGCACCUGUUCACGCCUGCUCACCCCCUCCAUCCACCUGAUCAGUGGCCAUGUUGUCAGCCAGACCGCCGUGCAGGUUGUUGCAGACGUGCUCAGCAAGCUGCUGGUUGUUGGCAUCACGGACCCAGAUCCUGAUAUUCGGUACUGCGUACUGGCCUCUCUCGAUGAGCGAUUCGAUGCUCACCUCGCCCAGGCUGAGAACUUGCAGGCGCUCUUUGUUGCCCUGAAUGAUGAGGUGUUUGAGAUCAGAGAGCUGGCCAUCUGCACCAUUGGACGUCUCAGCAGCAUGAACCCUGCCUUUGUCAUGCCCUUCCUUCGCAAGAUGCUAAUUCAGAUCCUAACGGAGUUGGAGCACAGUGGCGUUGGCAGGAACAAAGAGCAAAGUGCUCGUAUGCUUGGUCACUUGGUCUCGAAUGCCCCCCGCCUCAUACGACCAUACAUGGAACCCAUUCUCAAGGCUCUCAUCCUUAAGCUCAAAGACCCGGAUCCCAACCCUGGAGUGGUGAUCAGUGUCCUCGCAACAAUUGGAGAGUUGGCUCAGGUGAGCGGCCUGGAGAUGAGGAAGUGGAUGGAUGAGCUUUUUCCAAUCAUCAUGGACAUGCUACAAGACUCCUCUUCACUAGCUAAACGACAGGUGGCGCUCUGGACUUUGGGCCAGCAGGUGGCCAGCACCGGCUACGUGGUGGAGCCCUACCGCAAGUACCCUUCCCUUCUAGAGGUGCUGCUCAACUUCCUUAAGACUGAACAAAACCAGGGUAUCAGGAGAGAGGCUAUACGAGUGCUGGGCCUUCUUGGUGCUCUGGAUCCCUACAAGCACAAGGUGAACAUAGGCAUGAUUGACCAGUCCAGAGAUGCCUCAGCUGUCAGUCUGUCUGAAUCCAAGUCCAGUCAGGACUCAGCGGACUACAGCACCAGUGAAAUGCUGGUGAACAUGGGCAACCUGCCUCUUGAUGAAUUUUAUCCGGCUGUAGCCAUAGUCACUUUGAUGCGCAUUCUGAGGGACCCGUCGCUCUCCAACCACCACACCAUGGUUGUCCAAGCGGUCACCUUCAUCUUCAAGUCUCUGGGCCUGAAGUGCGUUCAGUUCCUCCCGCAGGUUAUGCCAACCUUCCUCAACGUCAUCCGCGUCUGUGAUGCCAGCAUCCGAGAGUUUCUCUUUCAGCAGAUGGGAAUGGUGGUGUGCUUUGUGAAGAUCCACAUCCGCCCGUACAUGGACGACAUCUUCACCCUCAUCAGAGAGUACUGGACACCGAACAACCCCAUGCAGAACACUAUCAUCCUUCUCAUUGAGCAGAUUGUGGUGGCGUUGGGUGGAGAGUUCAAACUCUAUUUGCCACAGCUCAUCCCGCACAUGCUGCGCGUGUUCAUGCACGAUAACAGCACCGGCCGCAGCGUGACAAUCAAGCUGCUCAAUGCCAUCCAGCUGUUCGGUGCCAACCUGGACGACUACCUCCACUUGUUGUUGCCCCCCAUAGUCAAACUGUUUGAUGCCACCGACGUUCCCCUGCAGGCCCGCAAGGUUGCCUUGGAGACACUCGACCGGCUGACAGAGUCUUUGGACUUCACAGACUAUGCUUCACGCAUUAUCCACCCUAUUGUUAGGACACUUGACAGCACUCCUGAUCUGCGUUCUACCUCUAUGGACACCCUGUCCUCGCUGGUGUUCCAGUUGGGAAAGAAGUACCAAAUCUUCAUUCCUAUGGUGAACAAAGUCAUGCUGAAGCACAGGAUCAAUCACCAGCGUUAUGACAUACUCAUAUGUCGCAUCGUCAAAGGUUAUACUCUGGCAGAGGAGGAAGAGGACCCUUUAAUCUUCCAGAAUCGCCAGCUACGCAGUAACCAGAGUGAUACUCUGGUCAGCGGGCCCGUGGAGGCCGGCCCAAUGAAGAAGCUACAUGUCAGCACUACAGCACUCCAGAAGGCUUGGGGUGCAGCUAGGAAGGUUUCCAAAGACGACUGGCUGGAGUGGCUGAGGCGCUUGAGUGUCGUUCUGCUCAAAGAGUCUUCUUCUCCAGCCCUGCGGUCGUGCUGGUCACUGGCACAAACUUACAUCCCUCUUGCCAGAGACCUGUUCAAUGCUGCCUUCCUGUCUUGCUGGUCUGAGCUGAGUGAGGACCAGCAGGAUGAGCUCAUCCGCAGCAUCGAGUUGGCGCUCACCUCCCAAGACAUUGCCGAGGUGACACAGACGCUUCUCAACUUGGCAGAGUUCAUGGAGCACAGCGACAAGGGCCCUCUGCCCCUCAGAGACGAUAAUGGCAUCGUGCUGCUUGGUGAGAGAGCCGCCAAAUGUCGUGCCUAUGCCAAGGCGCUGCACUACAAAGAGCUGGAGUUUCAGAAAGGUCCCUCUCCUCUCAUCUUGGAGUCUCUUAUCAGGUAG